AUGGCUCUCGACGCUGUAUCCGGCAUUGCAGGCCUCAUCGACUUUGCAAUCAAACUCAAGGGCACCUUUGAUCAGCUCGGCGAGAACCGAAGUCAAAACCAGAUCAUUGCCAAUAACAUUCUCAUCUCAUUACAACGUAUCGAACGUCUUGCUUCAGAUCAUAGCCAUGAGCUUAGCAUGGCGCCGGACAUUAAAGAUUCCAUGGAUCAAUUAGAGAUAGAACUACAAACCGCGUUGGACAAAUGUCAACGGCGCUACAAGCCCCGAGAGGGGUUUGGCAAAGUAACCGGCAAAGUACGCGAGUGGAAAGAUGGAAGCUCGACAAAGAAGGAGCUUACUCGGUUGGAAUCAAACAUAAACACCUUUUACCUUCACUUCCUAGUCGAUAUGAGCGCCCUGACUGGUUUCAACACGACUCGAAUGGAUGCCACCAUGGUUAAUAUGCAAGAAUGUCUAAACAAAAUCUCAUUGAGGAUUCAUACGGACAUUAUUCCUGCAGCAGAGGAAGACCCCACACUCGCCGAAGAACUGGUCGUGGGAUCAGCUACACUGGAUCGUCCAGAGAUAACGCGUGCAAUGGAAGAAGCGACGGCGGCUCUCGAGAAAGCUCCUCAGGAAUCUAUCGAACAACAAUACCUCCAGCUUCAAAUCAAAACACUUCGCGGAAAGCUCAACGGCGUUACACCCAAUCAAGAGAAAACCUCGUUUACGUUCCGCAAACGCAAGGGUGGCCCCCGUCAACCGCCCGCUUUCACGCCGGCAACGCAAUAUACAAGUAUAUCUGAGCCACUUCCAGAGGCUCAAGACGCCAUUAUGGAAUCCAUCCGCCUCCUUCGCCGUCUGGAGACUGCCAAGUCAAAUACUGUCUCUCUCCAGACAAUCGGCGAGCUGCGCGAUUUGUCGACCAACCUCCGCGCUCUCGGCCUACUCACCGAAGCACAUGAGAUCUGUCUUGCGUGCGUGGAGAUGUGCCGAAGUAUGGCUGCCGCCAACCCCCAGUCCGUCGCGUUUGACCUCGCGCUCACUCUCACCCACCUCUCCUCGAGUGCCAAUGAUAUCGGAGAACGCGACGAAGCCCUCUCAUCUGCCAAAGAAGCGGCGAGUAUCUAUCGACAGCUCGCUCAAUCACGGCCACAAGUCUAUAAUCCUCACCUCGCAAUGGAGGGAAUAGACAUUACCAUCUCACUCGUCAAAAUCAAGGACGCCUUCCGGCCCGACCUAGCAAAGGCACUUAUCUACCAUGCUUAUGCUCUUCUGGGAACGGGAAGAUUCCAAGACAGUCUCCGGGCCAUCACCGAAGCUGUCUCCAUCUCCCGCAAGCUUGUCGCUCAGAGCGAAGACCAGUAUGCACCACUGCUGUCCAAGGCACUCAACUUUCUAGGAGUGUGCCUCCGCGAGCACAACCGCUAUGAUGAGUCGAUUGAGGCUGCCAAAGAAGCCGUCGCGAUUCGACGACGUCUAGUCGAAUUACGUCCAUCAGUCUACUCUGUAGCUCUCACCGACUCACUUAACAGCCUAUCCCUCUCUCUCGGCGAGGCGUGGCAAUACGAGGAGGCGAUGGAAGCAAGUCGAGAAGCGGUAGAUUGCGCACGAAAGAGACUUGUGCGUGAUGCAUCCGAUCCCAAUCAAUGGCUGCUUGCGCAAUCUCUUGCACCAAUGGCGUGGAAUCUCGCUGGAUUGGAUAUGCUCGACGAAUCGGUUCAUCUAGCGAGCGAGGCGAUUGGGCUAAUCCGCUCACUCGCAGCGGACAAUGAAGCCCUGCGCACAGACUUGAGUGGAGCCCUUAUGGAUCUCGGUACGGGCUUGAUAGAGUUUGGGCGGUUGGAACCUGCGUUAGAGGCGUUGAAGGAGAGUGUGGCUAUUCGACGCGUCCUUGUCGAGAAUUACCAGCGCGUUCAACUUCCACUCCUCGCAGAAUCGCUCGAUUGGAUGGGAUGGUGUCUGAUGGGGAUGGGCAGACGUGACGAGGCGCUUGCUGCCGCCCAGGAGUCCGUCGACCUCUUCGGGGACGCACUUCGGCAUUCUGAUUGUCCGGAUGCCUUUAGGAUGGGACUGGCCAUGGCACUUUCGCUGCUUUCGCGGUGCCUGCGACUCGGGGGACGAAAUGCCGAAUCUCUCAAGCCUGCGCAAGAUGCCUAUCACCUCCUCGAGACCUUCCCAGCUCACUACCCACCCCUCGGCGUUGCAUUUGUGCGCGGGACAGUUCUGCGUGCAUACUCUUCUGCGCUAUACUGGGAUGGACAGUAUGCCGCAUCGCUGGCGCGUGCCCAAGAUUCGUUGGAGGAGAGGAGAAAGCUGCCGGCAAAACACGCACCUGGCAAAUCGGAAUCUUAUACGCGGCUGGCCAAGACGCUCGCAAAGUUGGGGCAUUGGGAUGAGGCACACAAGGCUGCGACCGAGGGUGUCAUCCUGAUUCGACCGCUUGUGGAGACUCGUCCAGGAAUCAACCGGACCAUUCUAGCAAAGGCGCUCCUUGUGCUCGCUAACAUCAACUCGAGCAUUCCGAAGUACCAACUUACGAGUGUGUCGCUCUUGGAAGAAGCUGUACAAUUGUACAGAGAUUCGGGCAAGAUGUUUGAGCCGGAGCUUUCAGAGACCUUGCAGGAACUCGCAGAAUGUCUGGAGAAGCAAGGCAGAAGGGAAGAAGCUAAGGGAGUGGCACGAGAGACACUCGAAAUUCGCGAAGUUUGGGCUAGAAAGGGGAUUAUGAAAGGAUACGACGCGAUGGUGGAAGCGACCGCGUUAUUACUGGAGAAGCUCGAAGGAGGUAGCGAUACCAACACCGAAACCGGAGAGGCUGAACGAAUUGCCAAGCGUGCUACUACGCUCUGA